GCUAAUCGUCUGCGUCUGCCCACGUUCACCACAACACUCUCUAUUCUAUCGCUUCUGCUUCCCAAAGCUUGAAUUACCUUCAUCUUCAACAGUAUCAUCAAGCUCCAAAAUGAGCAAGCUUCCGCGAUCAUAUCGUGUCCUUUUCCGUCACCUCUUCUUCAAGACAUCCACAAACAACAGCUUCCUCGAGCUUCCGAAAGAGAUCCGCACUCUCAUCUACCACUCCAUCGCGCCCGACGCUUUCCUUCCCGGCGUGCCUCACGUCGCCUACAUCGGUCUCCUGUACUCCUGCCAGCAGAUCUGUCGCGAAAUGGCCUUUGAGUCACUGCGUGCCAUGCCCUACAUCCUGGACCGCCUGCAGGAAGCCCAACUCGCAGAGGCCAUAAAAGCACCUCCAAGGUUCCCCGUCAACGCCUUCUGUCACAUAACAAACGUGCAAACAGAACUCCCCUUCACAGCCCUCUUCAGCACCGCCGAGCAGCUCUCCAAGCUCGCCUGGCUAGAGCCACUGCUCAAGCUGCACCUGACCAGCUUCACAAUCACCCUCCAGAGCACCAUAUCCAGUGAGACGCCCACCUACUAUCAAGUCGCCCCCUUCGCUGCCCGCAUCAACUGCCUCCUUGCCCCGCGUUUGUGCCUCCUCGACCACUACAAGACACACAAGUGCUGCGUCCGCCGCCUAGCCAGCGACCCCACCAUCAACACUGCGCACCUCGAGACCCUCCAGCAGACUGUGUGCAACGUGCGGAUCGUCCGGCUGCAUUUCCCCCAGCUGAACGCGGCACAGACACUCACCCGCUGGGUAUUAGCGAAGGGUCCUACGCGCGAGAAGAACGAGAUGAGACAGCACGGCUGGGAUAUACAGGAGCGCGUUGUCCGUGGAGAAGGCUCACCUCACGAGGUCGAGAUCACCUGGAAGAAGAUAGAGGACGGCGCCCGGGGACGGUAUAAGAAGAUUGGUGGGCUGUUGAAGGGGCUUGGCAAGCACAAAGCGGGCCGAUGAUGGAUUGUCGCUCGAGCGACAAUUUCGAGAAAAGAUACACGCGUGCUACUACGAGUCACAUCAACGUACCCAGCAGGAGGUUCACAAUCGGUGGAAUUA